AUGGAGAGACGCCGAUCCCUCCCACGCGCCAACAUUGCCGCCAACGCCGCCGCCGCCGCCAAAUCUCCUUUGUCCGACCACAACAAGUUCCAUGUCCGCCGUAAAUCCAUCUCCUUCGCCCCCUUCAACAACACCUCCGACGACGAUUCCCUAAGCUCACCAGUCCACUCCUCCAGCUUUCUCCGCCUAUCCAACUCCGCUCUUCAUCGCACCUCAAAUAACGCCGCCGCCGCCGCCAAAUCUCCUUUGUCCGACCACAACAAGUUCCAUGUCCGCCGUAAAUCCAUCUCCUUCGCCCCCUUCAACAACACCUCCGACGACGAUUCCCUAAGCUCACCAGUCCACUCCUCCAGCUUUCUCCGCCCAUCCAACUCCGCUCUUCAUCGCACCUCAAAUAACACCUCGUCCUCCACUUCACUAGCCAAUAGGAAAUCCACCACCGAAUCCCCUCGCCGUCUCCACAAACAGAACUCCUCCGAAGAUCUCCAAAGUAGAGUCCUUUGGCCGUCUUCAAAGAAACCCAACCCCUCCGCCGACGCCGAAGAUGAAGGCGUCUCCGAACCCCUCGAACGCCACCUCGACCACGACCACCGCAUCGACGCAUCAGCCACUUACAAUGUCAGCACGUUCUCCUCCCGACAGCGCUCUGACCAAUCCGCCGUUGCAUCGGAGGAUAAAAAGGUAGACAGGGGAAGGAGAUCGUUGCGGUAUCACAUCGGAAAGUUCCACGUGGAACAUUCGUUGAAGAAGCCCAGGACUCCUCCUUCUCCCUCCUCCUCCUCCUCCUCCAACGGGCAGCCGCCGGCACCAUCUCGGACGCACUCCGGUCGGUUCUCCAUCAACAAGGCCGCGCUUGCGAGGAAAAAAUCGGAUUUUGGUGUUGAUUUCCCGAGUACAGAAUCGGAACAGAGCGAGAACGUGGGUCCUGCUCCGAGAGUCUCGCGGGUUAGGAGGCCGGUGUCGCCGUUGAAGGGGAAGAACGGUGGAGUUGGGAAUUUUAUCAGUCAGGGGUUAAAUAAUUUGUUUAGGAGGAAGUCGUUUCAAGGCUCAAGCGCGGAAUCAGUGAAGAAGCCGAUAGCAGCGGCAGGGUUUGGAUCUCCGGUAAGGGAGAGACCGACGACGGUGAAGGGUAUGGGGUCGCCGGGAAGAGAGGGAAUGGUGACGGCGAAGGUAUAUGGGUCGUCGCCGUCGAGAGGGACGACGGUAGCUGCGGUGGACGGGGAGAUGCAAUAUAAGUUGAGGAUUUUGCAUAACUAUUUGAUUCAGUGGAGGUUUGUUAAUGCGGGGACGGCGGUGGUCAAUAAGAUCAUGUGUGACAACGCGGAGAGUACGUUGGUGAACGCUUUGGUUGGUUUGUCGGACUUGCGUACUUCAGUGGCGAAAAAGCGGGCGCAGCUGGAAAAAGAAAAGCUCAAAUUUAAGCUAAACAUGCUCGUCUGUCACCAGACAAAGGCACUUGAGACAUGGGGAACAAUGGAGAGGCACCACUUGGCAGCAUUGUCAUCAACCAAAGACUCGUUGCAGGCCGCUGUGUGCAGGCUUCCCAUCACUGACCAUGCCAAGGUUGAUCCCCAUUUGCUCUCAAUUUCACUAAGACAGGCAACAAAUAUGGCAACUGCAAUCAAUGGAAAUAUAGCGAAGUGUCAUUCCAGGGUAAGGAUUCAAAAAUGAUAGUGAGUUAUUAUUCUGUACUGCUUUUCUAUAAAAUUAUGACUUCGGUUGGAACAGCUUUCGUACUGCUUUAAAAACGACUUUCUAGUACAAAAAAAUUUGUACUAAAAAGCUGUUUUAGAAAGAAAGAAAAAAACCGCCCCAAACGAAAUCUUUCUGGAUCAAUAUUCGCAGAGAUUGUGAUCACGAUCUGUGCAUGUUUCAUGCUUACAUCAAACUCCAAUCCAAAUUUUAAACAGUUGUGUAUAAUAAUUGUAGCUAAUUUUCAUCAGGUGCUUGUGUUUGAAGUAUCAAAGUACUUAUCUGAAACUUGCAAUGUUUAACAGGCUCAACGCACCGCUCCUUUGGUCGCAGAACUCUCUCAAAUUGUAGCAAAAGAAAAACUUCUCCUAGAAGAGUGUAUUGAGUUGUUUGGACUAGUCUCUAAAUUACAAGUAAUUAAGCAUAUUUUAUAUAUCAUUCAUUUUCAAUCUUUUUUCUUGCCUUCUCUCUCUUUCUCUCCCCCUCGUUCUUCUAUUAAGCUCAUGCACUUUCUUUUCUGGCAGGUUCACGAAGAAAGUUUGAGGUCAAAUAUUAUUCAAUUAAAACCACAGCAGUUGACGGGACGCACUGCUAAAGGACCCAGCUGCUAGAGAGAUGAUUAAUACAAAUAAAACAUGUAACAUCAAACUUCGAGUUUUUGAAGGGUUUGGAUGUAUAGACAGCCAAUU